UUCGCGACUUUCCGCUAGCGUAGGUACGUAUAUAGACUGCAUGGAGACGUCGGUCAACAUCGGUUUUACCUCCCACGAGAAUACUACAUUACCGCACGCAACAACGUAACUUACAGACAUGCUGCAACAGCAACUUGCGAAGAACGUCGUCGUCCUGGGAGCCGGCGUCGCUGGACUGACAACGGCACUGAAGCUCCAGGUUAGAGGAAAGCGGAGUACUCUAGUCCAUGGGCGGUGAGCAUAGUGCGCGUGCAUGGGGCACCGUCGCCUGCCUAACGGGAACCACAAGGGUGCGCACCAUAUGCUAUACACCGGACGAGAUGCAAGAGAGAAGGAAAUCGAAGCGGAGACCUUCAAUACCAUGUGGGAGCUCUCCGCGCCAGGGGGCGUUGCCGAGCACUGUUUCCGCCGCAUCAAAGAGACGGAGUAUUAUCGCAACGAAGUCGAGCUCCAGGUCAACUGGAUGCCGGACCUACAGCCCGUCGCGGAGAACUUGCUGAUCCCGGAGGCCAAAUGCGGUUAUUCAUACACGACCUAUAGUGUCGAUCCCGUGCUCUACAUCAACUACCUCCUUUCGCGCCUGCUGGCUAGCGGCGGUACGGUCAUCCGCGGCGAUGUCAAGCACAUCAGUCAAGUUAUUGAGGGUGGCGUCGACCUGUUCACUCGCGGACGUGCAGCGACGACGCCUAUCGAUGCGUUGGUGGUGUGUCCCGGAGUCGGGGCCCGGACGCUCGGAGGCAUCGAGGACGAGGCGGUGUAUCCUAGCAGGGGCCAAGUAGUUAUACUGAACGCACCGUGGAUUACGCAGGCGAUCAGGUUGAGCGAUUCAACUGGGGCUGGCGCCCAGACGUAUGUGGUGCCACGGAGAGAUGGGACGGUCGCGCUGGGGAGUACAAAAGAAGCCGGUGAUUGGUAUCCCGCGGCUCGUCCAAGGACCACAGACGACAUCCUUCGCCGUUGUCUUGCUUUAUGCCCGGAACUUGCUCCACUGGAAGUCCGAGCACAGCGUGCCGGUACGACUGACGACCUUCGUCCACUUAUCGUCGAGACUGGUUGUGGCCUCCGACCUGCAAGAAAGGGUGGCAUGCGCCUCGAGUACGAAUGGGUCAAUGCAGGAAAAGAUGGCAGGAAGAUACCGCUCGUAUAUAACUACGGGCACGCAGGCGUUGGCUUUGAGAUGUCAUGGGGGUGCGCUGCGGCCGUGCUCAAGAUGUUAGAAAACGUCAAGGCCUGAGCUAUGGAUUGAGGUGUAUGCUGUAGAAAGUGUUGACGGCGUAGUCGGACCGAAAUCGAAAGCCUUUCAUGAAC